CGUACCUCAAGCGCUAAGCUGAGGCCGAUUUAAUUUUUGUUACUGUCAAAAUGUUGGGGUAUAAAAAUGAUUGCAUUAUCCAUUUCCAAUGGGUAUUGCACUGUCAGUAUUUGACCACUAAUUUCCCACCUGAGCAUAUUUUGAGCUUCCGAGGGCAAGAUGCAGUGAAAGCUGUAAUCGUGGAUAUCCUGGCUCAAAAUACUGGCAUCACAGACAACUCCAUAACUGCAUCAUUUUUGCUAGAGCAACCAGAACUAUGCUCAUCCCUCGUCAAACUUUUGAACAAUUGGAAUGUUGGAUUGAUUAAAAAACUCUUUCACAACAUUUGCUCUCAAUGCCACGACACCAAAGAUCCUAGUUUGCAUACAUCAUAUUGUACUGUAGACAAGUGCAUCUUCACUGCUUCUGAAAUCAGCAGAAUUAUGAUGCCUGCAUCUGUAAUUGUGCAUCCAACUUUGGACAUUCCUGAAAGAGGUAUUUGCCCGGCCAAUGAUGCCCAAGUUGUCAAAAAACAGAAAAUAACGGAAAAUAGUUUUGCAACUCCAAAAGUGGUUCAUCUUGAUAAUUCAUGUUCCAGAGCCAAGUGGAGUGAAAGAGAAAAUUUUCAUUUAGAUGAAAGCACAUUGAUUGCUUCUGAAGUCUCAUUAUAUGACUGUUCUCAAAACUGCCAUUCUAUUGAAACAAUUCAUGGAGGAAAUAAAUUACCAUGUAACUUGAGGGGUGCAAGCUCCGUCAUUUCUGCAGGAAUCAUCAAUGGCAACCCAACUAUGAUACCAAUGAAGCUCCCAGUGAACAUACGAUCUGUUUUUAAAUUUAUGCGUAUGUUACUCUUUAAGUUUGUCCCUGAUGAACUUCUAGGAUCUAGUCACAAUCGGCACAACUUCUUCAAAGCUGUAAAGUACUUGGUGACAUCUGGAUGCAAAGACGACUUCCGCCUCUGUACACUCAUGACAAAAAUCAGGGUCACCGACUGCAAAUGGACACGGCCUCUGGGAAGCUUACAAGCCAAGAACUACGUUGUUGCUAAGCUGCUUGUGUGGAUCAUACAAAGGAUAGUUUUGGUUGUGAUCCGUACUUUAUUCUAUGCUACUGAGUCCGAUGGUAUGGGGCACUUGAUUCUUUACUACGAAAAAAAUCUCUGGUGUCAUCUGGUAGACCUGACACUCAAUGGGCUCCAAAAACGGGGCUCGCUUUUUCUUAUGCCUAAAUCAAAAGCUGCGCAGAGUUUACAAGUAAGGAAAAGCCCGUCUAAAUUGCUACGUAGAAUGAGGUUUAUCCCGAAGCAAUCGGGCAUGAGGCCUAUUUACCCUAUCGGGCGUGGUAACUGGAAGAAGCCAGAUGCUUUGAAGAUGAAGCUCUUGGCAUCCAGUGUUAUCAAAAGCUAUGGGAAUAGCUGCUCCACUGUACGUACGCGAGUUUCGAUUGCCGACUAUUGGAAUGAUUAUUUGAAGUGGCUUGAAAAGCUGUCAGUUCCCUCAGGCCCACUGUACGUCGUGAAACUUGACGUGGCAGAUGCUUACGGAUCUGUACUCCAUUCUGUGCUUUUACGAGUUAUCGAGGAUUAUUUUGCGCGGCUGCCGCCUAAAGUAAGAUACAGCGUGUAUAGCAAAACCGAUGAACGUGGUAAAUGUAUCGGACCUCGUCAGUAUUUGAUGAAAGACUUAAGCGGAAUUUCUUUGGAACCUCCAAGAAGUAAGACGUCACACUGGAUCGAGGUCGAUGCUCCGAUUGAAGUGGAUGUUCGUUCAACUGGUUUGGACAUAAAACGUUAUAUCCAACACCAGUACAUUAGUGCUGGGCGCAAUCGUAAGUAUCUCAUUACGAAAGGAAUUGCGCAGGGAGGCUUUCUGUCGUCAACAUUAUGUGAGCUCUAUUAUACUUCUAUGCAUUUCUUGCACUGGAAGAACCUAAUGGGGCCUAAAGACCUGUGUUUGCAUUCAGUAGACGAUUUCCUCUUCGUAUCUCCGGAGAAAAUUUCGGCGAAACGCUUUCUUGAUGUGGCAGCAAGAGGCGUGCCUGAUUACAACUGCGUGAUCAAUCAAACCAAGACUUUACACAAUAUCCACACCAACGCAUCUCCAUCACGCGUUACUUUCUGCGGGGUAACUUUCUGUUCCUUCACUCGCCAGUUUUUGGUUUCGCUGGAAAACAUAAUUGCGACCCCUCCACGCUAUACGCUAAAAUUAUCAGUCGAGCACAGUCGUGGUCAGUUCGUUGCAUUGCGUCUGCAGCAGAUCGCCAAAACGAGGUUGUCCGCGGAAGUGAUACACCCUGGCUACACAAGCGCCGAGUGUCUCGUGGUCAAUCUGCAUCGCACGGGCAUAUCGGUGGGAGCGAGGCUGGAAGCUUUGUGCUCUGCCGUGCUGCUGCCAUAUGCUGGUCGACUGAAUGGAAGAUUCUUGGGUUCAACGCUUGUUAGCAUUGCUGGUAAAAUCUGGACUCGGAUCAAACGCAUUUGGAGUCAGACUAAACAGAGUUUGCCACCUAUAUCGAAAGAGCUUGUCACUGCAGCAUUUUUGGGUGGUGUAGGCUCGAUUCUCUGUCUUAAAAAACACGUACAACUACCAGAGGUGAUGAGGAGCAUCACUCUCCUGCAUGGAAGUUUCGUAUCACAGAUACCUAAAGACCAGCUGCAUCUGCUGCCCCGAGUUGAGCUUUCCAAGAGACUUCAGAGACAGCGUCGUCACUUGGCACUUCGCGAUACCUCGUGUGAAUCUGGUCGCUCAAGUUGCUGAAUGUGACAAAUGACGGUACAUAACUCGAAUCAGGAAUCGAGUUGCGUAGAUCUGGCAUCUCGUGGCGUUGAUGCAUCGUCUCGUAUUGUAAAUGUGGCAUAUCGUGGUGAUAAUAUGGCCUCUCUUGGCGUUGGUGUGACAUACCAUGGCGUUAAUAUGGCAUCUCGUGGCGUAGAUGUAUCAUUCCAUGGCGUAAAUGUGACAUAUCAUAGCGUGACUCCUUACAUUUGAUAGUGUUAGUUUUAUUAUGCAGUUAUGUUUUUUCUUAUCGAGUUAUAAAUUUAGGCGUCGUAUAUGGAGUAGGUCUGGCAUCGCGAGUCGCAAAUAUUGGUAUCAAAUGGCGUAAGUUUUGACAAGAUCUGCAAUUUUGCAUUUGAUCUCGUCACUUGGGUACAUGCAAUAGUACGGGCCUGAGCAUUAAGCUGAAAUUCCUUAUAUAAAAACUUCAAAUUUACUCAGUGUGCAACGUUGUACAAUGUUUUAUAUAAAUCAACCCAAUUUUGCGGAGAGUGCCCAAAGAGAAUUAUUUCUUAUCCAGUCCCAUCAUAUGCAUUAAGUAUUCUUUAGUUUCCUGACAUUGUGUGUUUACCCAUUGCUUUAAAAAAUAGUUUUAGUAUCUAUCAAAAUUUAUAUGGCCAGAAGAAAGUUUCCAUUCCUUUAUUUAACACACCGGUUUGAUAACAUUUUAUUUAAUUGAUUGUUACAUUCGUACCAAAAACAACUUUCUACUGUAUUAAUUUUUUUUUUAUCGUGGAGAAAUAUAUUUUGUCUCCUAAGAACUCGCAUAGCGUUGUUUGAAUUUUCAGUUUUUUAUUUUCAU